AACAUCACCGCCCUUUCCCGUGUCACAAAAGCAAUACAGUCACCCUCCCUCCCUUACCCCCAAUGUAGCACGCCACAUAGUCAUCAAACACCAAUUAAUAAUGGCGGCCGACCAGAAGCAGACGCCCGCACGCAGCAGGGACUACAAGGGCUUCGUCGCUGGCGUCUUUUCCGGUGUCACUAAGCUGACGGUCGGCCACCCCUUCGACACCAUCAAAGUACGUCUGCAGACCACAGACGCGACGCGUUUCAGCGGACCACUGCAAUGUGUCUUACAGACGGUUCGCAACGAGGGUGUGCGGGGGUUGUAUAAAGGCGCCACUCCGCCUUUGGUCGGCUGGAUGUUUAUGGACUCGGUCAUGCUGGGUUCGCUGACUGUAUACCGUCGAUUACUCGCAGAGCAUGUCUUUUACGACCGAUUGACACCUCAUAACGCCCCGACAACAGGGGGUAAGAUAAAACCUGAGACCGAGGGACCUAUUGCUGCGACUUCGCAUGCCGCGGCGCACUUACCGUCAUACGGACACGGAAUCGCAGGUAUCAUGGCCGGCUGUACGGUGAGCUUCAUCGCAGCGCCCGUUGAACAUGUCAAAGCGCGUCUACAGAUCCAGUACUCAGCACGCAAAUCCGAGCGACUGUAUUCAGGACCUUUAGAUUGCGUUCACAAGAUCUACAAAUCUCACGGUAUACCCGGUAUCUAUCGAGGCCUUCCCGCUACGCUGCUCUUCCGCUCGUUUUUCUUCUUCUGGUGGGGAUCUUACGAUAUUUUCUCACGCAUCUUGAGGGAUAAGACGAAUCUCAGUGCUCCGGUUAUUAAUUUCUGGGCUGGUGGACUUAGCGCGCAGGUCUUCUGGAUAACGUCCUAUCCAAGCGACGUUGUGAAACAACGUAUUAUGACGGAUCCGCUGGGUGGAAAGAUUAAUGAUGGGACGCCAAGGUUCAAGAAUUGGUGGCAGGCAGCGCGGGCUGUAUACGCGGAGGGUGGUGCUAAGGGGUAUUGGAGAGGAUUUUUGCCAUGUUUCUUGAGAGCAUUUCCGGCCAAUGCCAUGGCUUUGGUGGCAUUCGAAGGCGUUAUGAGGGUAUUGCCAUAAAAAACAUAUAUUGCCAUUGAACAGAGUUGUGCGAUUACGAUCGUACGAUUCGCAUGGAUACGACGAAUCACAUUUAGAGAAAGACAGAAAA